UUUUCCCCUCCCCGCUGCUUCCCUGAAGAUGGCAUCCGACAGCCCGGAGUCACUCAUGACCUUGUGCACAGAUUUCUGCCUUCGCAACUUGGAGGGGACUCUCUGCUACUUACUGGACAAUGAAACCCUCCGUCUCCAUCCCGACAUUUUCUUGCCAAGCGAGAUCUGUGACAAACUCGUCAACGAGUAUGUGGAAUUGGUGAAGACAGACAGCAUCUUCGAACCCCAUGAAAGCUUCUUCACCCUCUUCUCAGAUCCACGGAGCACCAGGCUAGCUCGGAUCCACUUGCGGGAACAGAUCGUGCAGGACCAGGACCUGGAGGCCAUCAGGAAGCAGGAUCUCGUUGAGCUCUACCUGACUAACUGCGAGAAGCUGACAGCCAAGAGUUUGCAGACUUUGGUGAGCUUCAGCCACACGCUUAUUUCCCUUAGCCUCUUUGGAUGCUGCAAUAUCUUCUAUGAGGAAGAGAACCCCGGAGGCUGUGAAGACGACUGUCUGGUGAACCCCACUCGCCAGGUUUUGGUCAAGGACUUUACUUUCGAAGGCUUCAGCCGCUUGCGCUUCCUGAAUCUGGGCCGCUUGAUUGAAGGGGUCAAUGUAGAGACGUUGCUUCGGCCUUUGACCUCCCUUGCUGCUCUUGAUCUCUCUGGGAUCCAGCUGAACGAUGUGGGAUUUCUGACACGGUGGAAGGACAGUCUGGUUUCCUUAGUGCUUUACAACAUGGACCUUUCAGAGGAGCACAUCCAAGUGAUUGCGCAGCUUCACAAGCUCAGACACUUGGAUAUCUCUCGAGACCAUCUGUCCAGUUACUAUAAAUUCAAGCUGACCCGCCGGGUUCUAAACCUGUUUGUGGAAAACUUGGUAAACCUCACCUCGCUCGAUAUCUCAGGGCACACUAUGCUGGAGAACUGCACUAUCCCAAACAUGGAAGAGAAGAUGGGCCAGACAAGCAUCGAGCCAGCAAAGAGCAGCAUUGCUCCCUUCCGGGGUUUGAAACGACCACUCCAAUUCUUGGGCCUUUUUGAAACAUCUCUGUGCCGCCUGACGCAUAUUCCAGCCUAUAAGGUGAGUGGAGACAAGAACGAAGAGCAAGUUCUGAAUGCUAUUGAGGCUUACACUGAACACCGGCCAGAAAUCACUUCUCGUGCCAUCAACCUCCUUUUUGACAUUGCCCGUAUUGAGCGUUGCAGCCAGCUGCUGCGAGCCCUCCAGCUGGUGAUCACAGCCCUCAAGUGCCACAAGGAUGACAAAAACAUCCAGGUGACAGGCAGUGCUGCGCUGUUUUACCUGACCAACUCCGAGUACCGCAUGGAGCAGAGCAUAAAGCUGCGACGCCAGGUCAUCCAGGUGGUGCUGAAUGGCAUGGAGUCCUACCAGGAAGUCACAGUACAGCGGAACUGCUGCCUGACACUGUGUAACUUCAGCAUUCCUGAGGAGCUGGAGUUCCAGUACCGCCGAGUAAAUGAGCUGCUGCUGAACAUCCUCAACCAGAGCCGGCAGGAUGAGUCUAUCCAGCGUAUUGCUGUGCACCUCUGUAAUGCUCUGGUCUGCCAGGUGGACAACGAUCAUAAAGAAGCUGUGGGCAAGAUGGGUUUUGUCAUGACAAUGCUAAAAUUGAUUCAGAAGAAGCUGGCUGAUAAAACGUGCGAUCAGGUGAUGGAGUUCUCAUGGAGCGCCCUCUGGAAUAUUACUGAUGAGACUCCUGACAACUGUGAGAUGUUCCUCAACUACAGCGGUAUGAAACUGUUCUUGGAGUGCUUGAAAGAGUUCCCAGAGAAACAGGAGCUGCAUCGCAAUAUGUUGGGCCUCCUGGGCAAUGUGGCUGAGGUCAGGGAACUCCGUCCUCAGCUCAUGACCUCCCAGUUCAUCAGUGUGUUCAGCAAUCUGCUGGAAAGCAAAGCAGAUGGGAUUGAGGUAUCCUAUAAUGCCUGCGGUGUGCUCUCCCAUAUCAUGUUUGAUGGUCCGGAGGCUUGGGGUAUAUGUGAGCCCCAUCGGGAGGAAGUUGUAAAGAGGAUGUGGGCAGCCAUCCAGAGCUGGGACAUCAACUCCAGAAGAAAUAUCAAUUACAGGUCAUUUGAACCAAUCCUUCGACUUCUUCCACAAGGGAUCUCUCCUGUCAGCCAGCACUGGGCUACCUGGGCACUGUAUAACUUGGUCUCUGUUUACCCUGACAAGUACUGCCCACUGCUGAUCAAAGAAGGUGGGAUUCCCCUUCUGAAGGACAUGAUUAAGAUGGCCUCAGCACGGCAAGAGACCAAGGAAAUGGCCUGGAAAGUUAUAGAGCACUGCAGUAACUUUAAGGAGGAGAACAUGGACACUUCCAGAUAGAGGCAAUCAUCUAAUGCCUCUUGCCAGCACUGUAUCCAGCUUCUCUCUAAUUCACUGUAUAUAGUGAGGACUCUUUCUUACCAACUCACCUGUUGGAAGGAAACUUUUAUGUGUGUGUGUGAGACCCUCAGUAGAUGAAGGUGAACAGGGGAGGGGGGGGAGGGACUUUUUGCACAACAAAACGCUUUCCUUAAAUUAGUGGACUUUUUCGUUAUGAAGUUUCAGAUUGAAGUUCUGUGUGUAUGAUUUCUGUAUAAAAAGAAAACAAAAAAAAGACAACUACAUUAUGUAUCUUUUAACCUUUUUUUUGUUUGUUUGUUUUAGUCCAUACAGCGAGUCCCAAAUGACCACAAGCUUGAAAGCCCAGUUGGUUGUGUGAUCACUUGUGUGACUUUCUUAUUUCCCACUUUGUAGAGAAUUCCCUUUUGCUGUAUAGCAUGAGGUCCCGUAAUGUCUGCAAGAACACCAGUCCUGAAUCAGCACUGGCCACUCAGUGGGUUUACAGGCAGAAAUGAGUUAGUUAUUUGCUCUGAGAGGUUGGGGGACAUGUUACAAGUCAGACCAAAAGAUCUGAACUUUUUAGCAAUAUUUUUAAGUACAGAAAACAGGGAAGAAUGAUCUUUUAAGUCAAUUCGCUCUCUUAAGGGUGUUUUAUGGUAGACUCCUAUUAAUGGAAACACUGCUGAAUGUAUUUGGGUUAUUUGGAAGUAAGGCAUUCCUGUUAAUGUCGGGAAUUCUGUUUUUGUCCCCUUUGGCAGUUCAGUAGGAUCUGCCAGCUCACCUUGACUCAUGAUGACUGGUAAAACCAGGUACACGUCCUUGGCAAUGCAGAGCUUUCCCCUUUAAGGGAGCUGGUGCAUAAAGGAACAAGGUUUGUUCACAAAGGGCUACAGAUCUUCAUUCCAGUUUUUCACCACCCUUUUAGUUUUGUUCUGCUUCACAGAGAAGGGCUACAAAUGCCAGAAAAUGGCAUAAUAACCCCUACCAGGCCCUGGGCCAGAGCAGCUCGUUCCACUUGUACAAUAAACAGUAAACGACUGAAGCUGUCCUACCCUUCUUCAGUCUGCACUGGCGCAAGCCAUGCUCAGUGGUAAAGUAACCUCACUGCAGCACAGAUGCUGUCAUUUGAGGUGCUAACGUUUCCUAAGGCUGAGGAGCCUCUAGGAACCCUUUGGAAUACCAGAAUAGCACCUCUUGUUCCAGCCCAACAUCUGCCCACUCUUCUGGCACUACUCUUAUCCUCCUGCUAGCACUAGCCAGUGCAGUCCCACUGCCGUCAGCAGGAUCACCCCAAUUGAUAUGGUGUAGCAGAGAGGAGAGUCCCUACUAAACUGCUCUUCACCUGUAAAACCCCAGGCCUAUAGAGUCUUAAGAAGCCAAGGGCCAAAGGUUGCCUCACAGCCAGGCACUCAGUUCAUGCUCAGAGCCCCACUUGUCACAGCUCUUUCACAGUUCGCAGUUCUUCCCUUAAAAGUGGUUUUAAAAAGAUUUUCCUUCUGCAGUGAGAGGAAACCUUGGACGUGUGUGUGUGUGUGUGUGUGUGUGUGUGUGUGUGUGUGUUAGGACACUGCAGGCCUCUGGGAUAGCACAGUAACCGUCGCUGCUCUCUUCCCUCAUUUACACUGCUUGCUGCUAUGACCGAGGUCCUUCUGAUGCUCAGAGUUAAUGCUGUCGUUGCUGAGCACAUUAUGGACAGAUCCUAGAGACACAAACUGACACUUUAAAUGACAGAACACAGCUGCCCUGGGGGGGGGGGGGGUUUCCUUUUUUCUGCCAAUACGGUAUUACCCAAUGUCUUUUCUUCUCUCUUUUUAACCAUGUCAUGUUUUGAUAUUGUAAGAUCUGUACUUUUUCUUUAAGUAUUUUUCAAACUUUAUAUAUAUUUUUGUGUCACUUUUGAAUUGUUUUCAUACCGUUUGAAAAACUUGACAAAUUACACUUUUUUGUGGUUGUUUGAUUGAAAUGUACUUUUCUCUCUCUUUUAUUCCUGUUCCCUGAGAAUUUCUGUCCCUACGGGCUUUGAGACAGAGAUGUUUAUUUCAUGAUGUUUUCUGUGUAAUGCUUGCUAAUCGUUCUCCUAGAUGCAAAACUAAGAGCAGCUGCAUACACUGCUGACCAGCCUCCACGCAUUGCAGGAGUCAGGCUUUGCUCACGUUAUUCUCUAUUUAGUGCUAUCCUUUUGAAGUUGUCUCAUGUAACAGUGCCACCCACUAGAUUUUCUUCCAUUCACUUCCAUGCAGUGUUAUAACUUCCACCACUAAAACCUUGAAUCGAGUGACAAAACACUAAUGAUUCUGACAAUGUCAGCAAAGUGGGAUUGGAGGAGAUGGGGAAACAUCGUGGAUACACUGUCAGAAAACUGUAUCCUCAGAAUGCAGCUGCCAUGCAGGAGACAGAGCUAAAACACACCUCAGCCUGGCACUGUAAUCAGCCAAUCAGGCUUUACUCUGAGAUUCUGACGAACCUACUUCAAGGUUAAUGAGCAAAUGAUGGCUUGGCUCCAUCAGCCUCAAGCUUGAUGGACCCCAAAAGUUCAAAGCAGUCCCUGUGUAAGUUGAGCUGUUACUGAAGUCACACCUGCUGCAGCUGCACUGUGGUAUCACAAACUAGCAAACCUUGGUUUCACAUAGCAAAGAUAAUUUCUGUCCUCAUUGCUCACAUAUCCUCAUGUACCUGAGCCUGAAACAGAUUCCUGUUUCCCAGGAAUGUGGAGAUUAAUGGAGUCAGGACAACCUGCAGAAAAGUUUAGCUCUAUGAAUCUGCCACUUAAACGUAGGGAGUGGGGAAAACUAUCACCUAGAAAAUCACCAGAGAUGGGGCGAUCAACCACAACACUAGGGGUAACCUGUUCCAGUGCCUCACCACCCUCACUGUAAAGAUUUUUUCCUUAUAUCCAACCUAAAUCUACCCUCCCUGAGCUUGAAACAGCCAGUUUAGAAAAGAACUGCCCCGUGUCAAGCCCCACACUGCAGAGGGAUGAACCAGGAGACUUCAGUUCCACACACAGGAUUAUAGAAAACAAUCCUGCCUAGAAACUCCAACAGGGUUUCCAAAUGUAAGGUGAAAAUACGGCUGGAAAGAAGCUCACAGUGUGACCAAGUAUAGCAGAGGGACUCCUUAUGCUUUGUAGUUGUCUCAUUCACACUCUCAUUCAUGUUUUUACGUUUACAUUCCCCUUGAUAUUCAGAAGCUGGGCAGGCAGAGCAUGAACCAACUCAGUAAUUCUAUGCAGAGACUGUUGCCACAAAGGAACCCUUUACCUUCAGUGCAAGUAGUUUCCUGGCUGGCUGGAAAAUGCCUCAUGGUUCAGUGGCCCAGCACAAUGAUGCAGCAGUCCUGUGCAUGCGGGGUGUCAGGUGUCUGCCAUUUCCCCUGGAAUAGAUAUGACAGCAAGUUGGUGGGCAGCUUUCCACAAGUGCUUCCAUUUUACAAGAUCUGUGGGAGGAGCUGCUCAUACAGAUUGGCAGCUGCGUGUAUGAUGCUUAACACCUUGCAGCACCAGACUUUCUCACUGAGACCAAGCUAGAAAGUUUAGCACUCAUGCUUGUGGCAAUUAUUAACGAUGCAAAUAAUUAAUCUGACCCUUCUGCAUCAUAGCUGUUAUCACCCUGCAUCUCUCUGCUAGCUCAAAUGUUACCUAUUCAGCACUGAAUCUGACCUAGCUUGUCAGCUGGCCUUCUGUUUGAGUUGCUUUGGUCUCUGCAAAAGAUGAGGGGAAGAAAAGCCUUAGAGCUGUGAGCUUAUUCUGUUCAUCACCUGAAGAAGAUGAUAAAUUAUCAGGGCAGCAAAGGAAGGGGCAUUGCAUUCAGGCCCUACUCCACAAAAAAAAAUUUCCUGAGUCUGUUUAGGAAGAAGUCACAGCCCAGGUGUUAGAGGGUGGCAUGCACUGGGAAAAUGAUAAUUAAUUAUUAUGAGAAACAGCUGAUCUCCACAACAAGCAUCUGUACAAAGCAAAGAGGGCAAUGGUUGUCAGCCAAGGAUGAGAGGAUGGCACUUAAAAACAGGAACUGGGGAGAUUUCCUGCUUCACUGAAACAUUUCUGCUCUAACAGACUAUUUUGGCUUCAGAAAAUUGUCACUGAUUCUGUAAUUCUUUUUUAUUAAAAAAAGAAAAAAAAAAGAAAAGAAAGAAAAAAAAAAGCUUUUAAGCUAACCAAAUAUAUAUUUCCAUGUUUUGCAUACAGAAAAUAAUCUCAGUAAUGAUCUGCUUUCACUCCUUCCCUUCACCUGCCUGUUGUUGAGGCCUGGUUUGAACAUUUGUACGUGGUGAAACCAAGCAAAAAAAAAUCAUGCACAAUUGUUGCUUCCUUACAAUUCUGAAUGAAUUAACUUUUCUGUUGUAUCCAUUGGGAUACCCUCUGUGUAUUAAACCUAGUGCUUAACAAUGUCUUUUUUCCUUUGGUC